AUGUCUCUGACGCCGCAUCAGUCCUCUGACGCCGCAUCAGUCUCUGACGCCCGCAUCAUCUCUGACGCCGCAUUCAGUCUCUUGACGCCGCAUCAGUCUCUGACGCCGCAUCAGUCUCUGACGCCGCAUCAGUCUCUGACGCCGCAUCAGUCUCUGACGCCGCAUCAGUCUCUGACGCCGCAUCAGUCUCUGACGCCGCAUCAGUCUCUGACGCCGCAUCAGUCUCUGACGCCGCAUCAGUCUCUGACGCCGCAUCAGUCUCUGACGCCGCAUCAGUCUCUGACGCCGCAUCAGUCUCAUGACGCCGCAUCAGUCUCUGACGCCGCAUCAGUCUCUGACGCCGCAUCAGUCUCUGACGCCGCAUCAGUCUCUGACGCCGCAUCAGUCUCUGACGCCGCAUCAGUCUCUGACGCCGCAUCAGUCUCUGACGCCGCAUCAGUCUCUGACCGCCGCAUCAGUCUCUUGACGCCGCAUCAGUCUCUGAGCCGCAUCCAGUCUCUGACGCCGCAUCAGUCUCUGACGCCGCAUCAGUCUCUGACGCCGCAUCAGUCUCUGACGCCGCAUCAGUCUCUGACGCCGCAUCAGUCUCUGACGUCGCAUCAGUCUCUGACGCCGCAUCAGUCUCUGACGCCGCAUCAGUCUCUGACGCCGCAUCAGUCUCUGACGCCGCAUCAGUCUCUGACGCCGCGAUCACAUCAGUCUCUGAACGCAUCAGUCUCUGACGCCGCAUCAGUCUCUGACGCCGCAUCAGUCUCUGACGCCGCAUCAGUUAUCUCUGACGCCGCAUCAGUCUUGACGCCGCAUCAGUCUCUGACGCCGCAUCAGUCUCUGACGUCUCUGUCGCCGCAUCAGUCUCUGACGCCGCAUCAUCUCUCUGACGCCGCAUCAGUCUCUGACGCCGCAUCAGUCUCUGACGCCGCAUCAGUCUCUGACGCCGCAUCAGUCUCUGACGCCGCAUCAGUCUCUGACGCCGCAUCAGUCUCUGACGCCGCAUCAGUCUCUGACGCCGCAUCAGUCUCUGACGCCGCAUCAGUCUCUGACGCCGCAUCAGUCUCUGACGCCGCAUCAGUCUCUGACGCCGCAUCAGUCUCUCUGACGCCGCAUCAGUCUCUGACGCCGCAUCAGUCUCUGACGCCGCAUCAGUCUCUGACGCCGCAUCAGUCUCUGACGCCGCAUCAUCUCUCUGACGCCGCAUCAGUCUCUGACGCCGCAUCAGUCUCUGACGCCGCAUCAGUCUCUGACGCCGCAUCAGUCUCUGAUGCGCAUCAGUCUCUGACGCCGCAUCAGUCUCUGACGCCGCAAUCAGUCUCUGACGCCGCAUCAGUCUCUGACGCCGCAUCAGUCUCUGACGUCGCAUCAGUCUCUGACGCCGCAUCAGUCUCUGACGCCGCAUCAGUCUCUGACGCCGCAUCAGUCUCUGACGCCGCAUCAUCUCUGACGCCGCAUCAGUCUCUGACGCCGCAUCAGUCUCUGACGCCGCAUCAGUCACUGACGCCGCAUCAGUCUCUGACGUCGCAUCAGUCUCUGACGCCGCAUCAGUCUCUGACGCCGCAUCUGAUCUCUCUGACGCCGCAUCAGUCUCUGACGCCGCAUCAGUCUCUGACGCCGCAUCAGUCUCUGACGCCGCAUCAGUCUCUGACGCCGCAUCAGUCUCUGACGCCGCAUCAGUCUCUGACGCCGCAUCAGUCUCUGACGCCGCAUCAGCUCUCUGACGCCGCAUCAGUCUCUGACGCCGCAUCAGUCUCUGACGCCGCAUCAGUCUCUGACGCCGCAUCAGUCUCUGACGCCGCAUCAGUCUCUGACGCCGCAUCAGUCUCUGACGCCGCAUCAGUCUCUGAGCCGCAUCAGUCUCUGACGCCGCAUCAGUCUCUGACGCCGCAUCAGUCUCUGACGCCGCAUCAGUCUCUGACGCGCAUCAUCUCUCUGACGCCGCAUCAGUCUCUGACGCCGCAUCAGUCUCUGACGCCGCAUCAGUCUCUGACGCCGCAUCAGUCUCUGACGCCGCAUCAGUCUCUGACGCCGCAUCAGUCUCUGACGCCGCAUCAGUCUCUGACGCGCAUCAUCUCUGACGCCGCAUCAGUCUCUGACGCCGCAUCAGUCUCUGACGCCGCAUCAGUCUCUCUGACGCCGCAUCAGUCUCUGACGCCGCAUCAGUCUCUGACGCCGCAUCAGUCUCUGACGCCGCAUCAGUCUCUGACGCCGCAUCAGUCUCUGACGCCGCAUCAGUCUCUGACGCCGCAUCAGUCUCUGACGCCGCAUCAGUCUCUGACGCCGCAUCAGUCUCUGACGCCGCAUCAGUCUCUGACGCCGCAUCAGUCUCUGACGCCGCAUCAGUCUCUGACGCCGCAUCAGUCUCUGACGCCGCAUCAGUCUCUGACGCCGCAUCAGUCUCUGACGCCGCAUCAGUCUCUGACGCCGCAUCAGUCUCUGACGCCGCUCAUCUCUGACGUCGCAUCAGUCUCUGACGCCGCAUCAGUCUCUGACGCCGCAUCAGUCUCUGACGCCGCAUCAGUCUCUGACGUCGCAUCAGUCUCUGACGCCGCAUCAGUCUCUGACGCCGCAUCAGUCUCUGACGCCGCAUCAGUCUCUGACGCCGCAUCAGUCUCUGACGCCGCAUCAGUCUCUGACGCCGCAUCAGUCUCUGACGCCGCAUCAGUCUCUCUGACGCCGCAUCAGUCUCUGACGUCGCAUCAGUCUCUGACGCCGCAUCAGUCUCUGACGCCGCAUCAGUCUCUGACGCCGCAUCAGUCUCUGACGCCGCAUCAGUCUCUGACGCCGCAUCAGUCUCUGACGCCGCAUCAGUCUCUGACGCCGCAUCAGUCUCUGACGCGCUCAGUCCUGACGCCGCAUCAGUCUCUGACGCCGCAUCAGUCUCUGACGCCGCAUCAGUCUCUGACGCCGCAUCAGUCUCUGACGCCGCAUCAGUCUCUGACGCCGCAUCAGUCUCUGACGCCGCAUCAGUCUCUGACGCCGCAUCAGUCUCUGACGCGCAUCAUCUCUGACGCCGCAUCAGUCUCUGACGCCGCAUCAGUCUCUGACGCCGCAUCAGUCUCUGACGCCGCAUCAGUCUCUCUGACGCCGCAUCAGGUCUCUGACGCCGCAUCAGUCUCUCUGACGCCGCAUCAGUCUCUGACGCCGCAUCAGUCUCUGACGCCGCAUCAGUCUCUGACGCCGCAUCAGUCUCUGACGCCGCAUCAGUCUCUGACGCCGCAUCAGUCUCUGACGCCGCAUCAGUCUCUGACGCCGCAUCAGUCUCUGACGCCGCUCAUCUCUGACGCCGCAUCAGUCUCUGACGUCGCAUCAGUCUCUGACGCCGCAUCAGUCUCUCUGACGCCGCAUCAGUCUCUGACGCCGCAUCAGUCUCUGACGCCGCAUCAGUCUCUGACGCCGCAUCAGUCUGACGCCGCAUCAGUCUCUGACGCCGCAUCAGUCUCUGACGCCGCAUCAGUCUCUGACGCCGCAUCAGUCUCUGACGCCGCAUCAGUCUCUGACGCCGCAUCAGUCUCUGACGCCGCAUCAGUCUCUGACGCCGCAUCAGUUCUCUUGACGCCGCAUCAGUCUCUGACGCCGCAUCAGCCGCAUCAGUCUCUGACGCCGCAUCAGUCUCUUACGCCGCAUCAGUCUCUGACGUCACAUCAGUCUCUGACGCCGCAUCAGUCUCUGACGUCGCAUCAGUCUCUGACGCCGCAUCAGUCUCUGACGCCGCAUCAGUCUCUGACGCCGCUGAGGCCGCAUCAAUCUCUGACGCCGCAUCAGUCUCUGACGCCGCAUCAGUCACUGACGCCGCAUCAUCUCUCUGACGCCGCAUCAGUCUCUGACGCCGCAUCAGUCUCUGACGCCGCAUCAGUCUCUCUGACGUCGCAUCAGCCUCUGACGUCGCAUCAGUCUCUGACGUCGCAUCAGUCUCUGACGCCGCAUCAGUCUCUGACGCCGCAUCAUCUCUCUGACGCCGCAUCAGUCUCUCUGACGCCGCAUCAGUCUCUGACGCCGCAUCAGUCUCUGACGCCGCAUCAGUCUCUGACGCCGCAUCAGUCUCUGACGCCGCAUCAGUCUCUGACGCCGCAUCAGUCUCUGACGCCGCAUCAGUCUCUGACGUCGCAUCAGUCUCUGACGCCGCAUCAGUCUCUGACGUCGCAUCAGUCUCUGACGCCGCAUCAUCUCUCUGACGCCGCAUCAGUCUCUGACGCCGCAUCAGUCUCUGACGCCGCAUCAGUCUCUGACGCCGCAUCAGUCUCUCUGACGUCGCAUCAGUCUCUGACGUCGCAUCAGUCUCUGACGUCGCAUCAGUCUCUGACGUCGCAUCAGUCUCUGACGUCGCAUCAGUCUCUGACGCCGCAUCAGUCUCUGACGCCGCAUCAGUCUCUGACGCCGCAUCAGUCUCUGACGCCGCAUCAGUCUCUGACGCCGCAUCAGUCUCUGACGCCGCAUCAGUCUCUGACGCCGCAUCAGUCUCUGACGCCGCAUCAGUCUCUGACGCCGCAUCAGUCUCUGGCGCCGCAUCAGUCUCUGACGCCGCAUCAUCUCUCUGACGCCGCAUCAGUCUCUGACGCCGCAUCAGUCUCUGACGCCGCAUCAGUCUCUCUGACGCCGCAUCAGUCUCUGACGUCGCAUCAGUCUCUGACGCCGCAUCAGUCUCUGACGCCGCAUCAUCUCUCUGACGCCGCAUCAGUCACUGACGCCGCAUCAGUCUCUGACGCCGCAUCAAUCUCUGACGCCGCAUCAGUCUCUGACGCCGCAUCAGUCACUGACGCCGCAUCAGUCUCUCUGACGCCGCAUCAGUCACUGACGCCGCAUCAGUCUCUGACGCCGCAUCAAUCUCUGACGCCGCAUCAGUCACUGACGCCGCAUCAGUCACUGACGCCGCAUCAUCUCUCUGACGCCGCAUCAGUCUCUGACGCCGCUGAGGCCGCAUCAGUCUCUGACGCCGCAUCAGUCACUGACGCCGCUGAGGCCGCAUCAGUCUCUUUGACGCCGCAUCAGUCUCUGACGCCGCUGAGGCCGCAUCAGUCUCUGACGCCGCUGAGGCCGCAUCAGUCUCUGACGCCGCAUCAGUCUCUGACGUCACAUCAGUCUCUGACGCCGCAUCAGUCUCUGACGCCGCAUCAUCUCUCUGACGCUGCAUCAGUCUCUGACGCCGCAUCAGUCUCUCUGACGCCGCAUCAGUCUCUGACGCCGCAUCAGUCUCUGACGCCGCAUCAGUCACUGACGCCGCAUCAGUCUCUGACGCCGCAUCAAUCUCUGACGCCGCAUCAGUCUCUGACGCCGCAUCAGUCACUGACGCCGCAUCAUCUCUCUGACGCCGCAUCAGUCUCUCUGACGCAGCAUCAGUCUCUGACGCCGCUGAGGCCGCAUCAGUCUCUGACGCCGCAUCAGUCACUGACGCCGCUGAGGCCGCAUCAUCUCUCUGACGCCGCAUCAGUCUCUGACGUCGCAUCAGUCUCUGACGCCGCAUCAGUCUCUGACGCCGCAUCAGUCAUUGACGCCGCUGAGGCCGCAUCAGUCUCUCUGACGCCGCUGAGGCCGCAUCAGUCUCUGACGCCGCUGAGGCCGCAUCAGUCUCUGACGGCGCAUCAUCUCUCUGACGCCGCUGAGGCCGCAUCAGUCUAUGACGCCGCAUCAGUCUCUGACGCCGCAUCAGUCUCUGACGCCGCAUCAGUCUCUGACGCCGCAUCAGUCUCUGACGCCGCAUCAGUCUCUGACGCCGCAUCAGUCUCUUUGACGCCGCAUCAGUCUCUGACGCCGCUGAGGCCGCAUCAGUCUCUGACGCCGCUGAGGCCGCAUCAGUCUCUGACGCCGCAUCAGUCUCUGACGUCACAUCAGUCUCUGACGCCGCAUCAGUCUCUGACGUCGCAUCAGUCUCUGACGCCGCAUCAUCUCUCUGACGCCGCAUCAGUCUCUGACGCCGCAUCAGUCUCUGACGCCGCAUCAGUCUCUGACGCCGCAUCAGUCUCUCUGACGUCGCAUCAGUCUCUGACGUCGCAUCAGUCUCUGACGUCGCAUCAGUCUCUGACGCCGCAUCAGUCUCUGACGCCGCAUCAGUCACUGACGCCGCAUCAGUCUCUGACGUCGCAUCAGUCUCUGACGCCGCAUCAGUCUCUGACGCCGCAUCAUCUCUCUGACGCCGCAUCUGUCUCUGACGCCGCAUCAGUCACUGACGCCGCAUCAGUCACUGACGCCGCAUCAGUCACUGACGCCGCAUCAGUCACUGACGCCGCAUCAGUCUCUGACGCCGCAUCAGUCUCUGACGCCGCAUCAGUCUCUCUGACGCCGCAUCAGUCUCUGACGCCGCAUCAGUCUCUGACGCCGCAUCAGUCUCUGACGCCGCAUCAGUCUCUGACGCCGCAUCAGUCUCUGACGCCGCAUCAGUCACUGACGCCGCAUCAGUCUCUGACGCCGCAUCAUCUCUCUGACGCCGCAUCAGUCUCUCUGACGCCGCAUCAGUCUCUGACGCCGCAUCAGUCUCUGACGCCGCAUCAGUCUCUGACGCCGCAUCAGUCUCUGACGCCGCAUCAGUCUCUGACGCCGCAUCAUCUCUCUGACGUUGUAUCAGUCACUGACGCCCCAUCAGUCUCUGACGCCGCAUCAGUCUCUGACGCCGCAUCAGUCUCUGACGCCGCAUCAGUCUCUGACGCCGCAUCAGUCUCUGACGCCGCAUCAGUCACUGACGCCGCAUCAGUCUCUGACGCCGCAUCAGUCUCUGACGCCGCAUCAGUCUCUCUGACGUCGCAUCAGUCUCUGACGCCGCAUCAGUCUCUGACGCCGCAUCAUCUCUCUGACGCCUUAUCAGUCUCUGACGCCUUAUCAGUCUCUGACGCCGCAUCAGUCUCUGACGCCGCAUCAGUCUCUCUGACGUUGUAUCAGUCACUGACGCCCCAUCAGUCUCUGACGCCGCAUCAGUCUCUGACGCCGCAUCAGUCUCUGACGCCGCAUCAGUCUCUGACGCCGCAUCAUCUUUCUGACGCCGCAUCAGUCUCUGACGCCGCAUCAGUCUUUCUGACGCCGCAUCAGUCUCUGACACCGCAUCAGUCUCUGACGCCGCAUCAGUCUCUGACGCCGCAUCAGUCUCUGACGCCGCAUCAGUCUCUGACGUCGCAUCAGUCUCUGACGCCGCAUCAGUCUCUGACGCCGCAUCAUCUCUCUGACGUUGCAUCAGUCUCUGACGCCGCAUCAGUCUCUCUGACGCCGCAUCUGUCUCUGACGCCGCAUCAGUCUCUGACGCCGCAUCAGUCACUGACGCCGCAUCAUCUCUCUGACGCCGCAUCAGUCUCUGACGCCGCAUCAGUCUCUGACGCCGCAUCAGUCUCUGACGCCGCAUCAGUCACUGACGCCGCAUCAGUCUCUGACGCUGCAUCAGUCUCUGACGCCGCAUCAGUCUCUCUGACGCCGCAUCAGUCUCUGACGCCGCAUCAGUCUCUGACGCCGCAUCAGUCUCUGACGCCGCAUCAGUCACUGACGCCGCAUCAGUCUCUGACGCCGCUGACGCCGCAUCAGUCUCUGACGCCGCUGACGCCGCAUCAGUCUCUGACGCCGCAUCAGUCUCUGACGCCGCAUCAGUCUCUGACGCCGCAUCAUCUCUCUGACGUCGCAUCAGUCUCUGACGCCGCAUCAGUCUCUGACGCCGCAUCAGUCUCUCUGACGUCGCAUCAGUCUCUGACGCCGCAUCAGUCUCUGACGCCGCAUCAUCUCUCUGACGCCGCAUCAGUCUCUGACGCCGCAUCAGUCUCUGACGCCGCAUCAGUCUCUCUGACGCCGCAUCAGUCUCUGACGCCGCAUCAGUCUCUGACGCCGCAUCAGUCUCUGACGCAGCAUCAGUCUCUGACGCCGCAUCAUCUCUCUGACGUCGCAUCAGUCACUGACGCCGCAUCAGUCUCUGACGCCGCAUCAGUCUUUCUGACGUCGCAUCAGUCUCUGACGCCGCAUCAGUCUCUGACGCCGCAUCAGUCUCUGACGCCGCAUCAUCUCUCUGACGCCGCAUCAGUCUCUGACGCCGCAUCAGUCUCUCUGACGUUGCAUCAGUCUCUGACGCCGCAUCAGUCUCUGACGCCGCAUCAGUCACUGACGCCGCAUCAGUCUCUGACGCCGCAUCAGUCUCUGACGCCGCAUCAGUCUCUGACGCCGCAUCAGUCUCUGACGCCGCAUCAGUCUCUGACGCCGCAUCAGUCUCUGACGCUGCAUCAUCUCUCUGACGCUGCAUCAGUCUCUGACGCCGCAUCAGUCACUGACGCCGCAUCAGUGUCUCUGACGCCGCAUCAGUCUCUGACGCCGCAUCAGUCUCUGACGUUGCAUCAGUCUCUGACGCCGCAUCAGUCUCUGACUCCGCAUCAGUCUCUGACGCUGCAUCAGUCUCUGACGCUGCAUCAUGUCUCUGACGCCGCAUCAGUCUCUGACGCCGCAUCAGUCUCUGACGUUGCAUCAGUCUCUGACGCCGCAUCAGUCUCUGACGCCGCAUCAGUCUUUCUGACGCCGCAUCAGUCUCUGACGCCGCAUCAGUCUCUGACGCUGCAUCAUCUCUCUGACGUCGCAUCAGUCUCUGACGCCGCAUCAGUCUCUCUGACGUCGCAUCAGUCUCUGACGCCGCAUCAGUCUCUGACGCCGCAUCAGUCUCUGACGUCGCAUCAGUCUCUGACGCCGCAUCAGUCUCUGACGCCGCAUCAGUCUCUGACGCCGCAUCAGUCUCUGACGCCGCAUCAGUCUCUCUGA